CCGAGUCGGAAAUUUUGCAGUUCACUCGACGAGUUCAACCCUCGCACGAACUCGGUGCUGUGGCGGAUGCCGAAUGUGGAGUACGAGAGCGACCACCCAGACCCCUGGCGCUGUGUUUGUUUUAAUUACACCGUGAGCGCCUCCAUCGGGCCUCGUGGCCUGCCCUUCACUGCAAAUCUUCGGGGGAGCUCACAGAUUUUCUUACUGCCAUUCGUCUUCCCAUGUCUGAUUGUCUUUUUCUAGCUUCCCGAUUCAAAUGCCAAGCAAACCACCGCCGCCAUCCUUGCGGUAGCCUCUCAUGUCAAUGACCCUCUGUCUCUGCCUAAGAGCUUCAAAGGCUUUUAAACCGUCUACCAAGCUUCCCUUCUUCGAGGUACGUCGCCUUUUCUUGUUUCCAUUCCCUAUUCGCCUUCUCAGCCGCCCUUCCGCUGAACCUGAACCAGUAGUAGCUGAUAGCUGCGGCCGCGGCGCCGAAUCAAUCCCUCCCCAGUCCACAAUCCAUCAUUACAGAUACCUUAUAUUCAGGACUGUUGAAGAAAAACCCUUUGCUUUUUGCAACCACAAUUGGGUUGCGGAGCAAUUUCAUCCUGUGAUUACUGACCCCGAGUUGCUUGUUCGGGUCAUAUCUUCUAUUCGAGGAAAACCGAGAGUAGCUUUAAGGUUCUUCAGAUGGGUCCUGGGCCAAUCAGGGUUUAAGAGUUCAGAAUCCGUGUUUUGUGUCGUCCUUGAGGUUCUGGUGGCAAACGAUUUGAUGAAACCUGCUUACUGGGUGAUGGAUAGGACAAUUGACAGACAAAUGCACGGGAUUGUUGAUGUUUUGAUUGCUAACUGCGUUGAUUCUCAGGUUUUGAUCAAGAUUCUUGAUCUUCUGUUGUGGGUUUACACCAAGAGAUCCAUGGUUAAGCAGUAUUUAUCAGUUUUUAACAAAGUAUUGAGAAAUGGGUUGUUGCCCGAUGUUAAGAACUGCAACAGGAUUCUCAGGGUACUUCGAGACAAGAAGCUCGGAGCUGAAGCUAGGCAAGUCUAUGGAAUGAUGUGUGAAUACGGAAUUAAGCCUACUGUUAUCACGUAUAAUACAAUGUUGGAUUUGCUUUGCAAAGAAGGGCAGCUUCAGCAAGGCCUGGAUCUUUUAUCAGAGAUGCAAGGGACUGGUUGUUUUCCUAAUGAUGUUACAUAUAAUAUAUUGAUCAACGGGUUUUCAAAGAUGGGAAACUUGGAGGAAGCUAAAGAAUGGAUCGGGAGUAUGAUGAAAGUGGGGUUGAGAGUUUCAGCAUAUUCGUAUAAUCCCCUAAUUUCUGGGUAUUGCAAAAAAGGGUUAUUUGACGAGGCAAGAUACCUUGAAGAAGAAAUGGUGAAGAAAGACGUGACUCCUACGGUAUCAACCUACAAUGCAAUUAUCCAUGGAUUAUGCAAAUAUGGGAGAAUAAGCGACAACAACAGAAAGCAAUUGUUAGAUAUGUUUAGGAACAAUGUGAUGCCAGACAUAGUGUCCUAUAAUUCUCUUAUUUAUGGAUACUGCAGGUUGGGGUAUGUUGGCGAUGCUUUUCUUUUGUUUGAUGAACUAAAGUAUCGAGGCCUCCAUCCGACUGUAGUUACAUAUAAUACGCUCAUAGAUGGGCUUUGCAGAAUUGGGGACUUGGAAGGUGCUCAAAAGCUGAAACAUGGUAUGGUCAGUGUUGGUGUUCAUCCUGAUGUAUUUACUUACACCAUUCUUGUAAAUGGCUCCUCCAAGUUAGGAAAUAUGUUGAUGGCGAAGGAAUUUUUUGAUGAGAUGCUGCAUGCCGGAUUAUCUCCUGAUCGGCACACAUAUACUACACGGAUCAUGGGUGAACUGGAGACUGGUUCUACAACCAAGGCAUUUGGUUUACAAGAAGAAAUGGUUGCAAAAGGGCUCCCUCCAGAUGUGUAUACCUAUAAUGUCUUUCUGCACGGGCUCCAUAAGUUGGGUAACUUUGAAGAUGCUGAAGAAAUGUUUCAACAAAUAGUUAGAGAUGGUCUUGUUCCUGAUCAUAUAACCUACACUACCAUGAUACAUGCAGAAUUGGAAAAGGGGCGGCUGACCAGAGGCAGGGAGAGAUUCUAUGAAAUGUUGAGCAAGGGGAAGAACCCUACAGUUGUAACUUAUACCAUAUUGAUUCAUGCACAUGCAUUAAUGGGGAGGCUAGAACUGGCAAAAAUGUUUCUUAAAGAGAUGCGGUGCAGAGGGCUUGUCCCAAAUGUUAUUACCUACAACACUUUGAUAAAUGGGUUUACCAAAGUAAGAGCGAUGGGUCAAGCAUACUCAUACUUCAAUGAGAUGGAGCAAAAUGGUAUAUUUCCCAACAAAUACACGUUCACCAUAUUGAUUAAUGGAUGCUCGGAUGUUGGAGACUGGCAGGGGGCUUUGACAUUAUACAAAGAAAUGCUAGAUAGAAGGAUUGAACCAGAUUCUUGUACUCAUAGUGUAUUGUUGAAGCACCUGGACAAAGAUUACAAAUCCCAUGCCAUCGAGUACCUGGAGAGCUUAAUUGUUCAGGAUGGUAAUGAGAAGAUGAUGGUUGAUACAUUUGAUGCUGCCAGAGGCUAGGCUUGGAUUAUCCUCAGUGUGAAGAACAGCACAGUUGUGGCUUCUCUUGUGCAGACUCUAUGUCUCAUCUGAUCGUGAAAUGAACCCGUAGAGCACCUCACACUCUUUGUAUGCAUGACACCGCAAGUAAGAAAGCUUGCCUCUCCUCAAGAAGCUUACUCGACUUCUGCUAAAUUGAGCUUCUUUAAUCAAGUGUGGUUGCUUGCAGGAUGGACUCGCUAGUCUAUUAAACUAUUGAAUUGCAAGAGUGAGUAGAAGUAUACGCCUGCCACACCUAUUGUUCAACUGCCUAAUGCGACCCGUAAAAUCUAUGGUGCUCUAUCAAGGUGGUUCGUGUUCCUUUCCGAUGCAAGAUUUUGAAAAGGUAUCUGGAAAAAACUUGAAGCUGUAUCAUGCUGUCAUUCCUCCAAUAAAUAUCUGACAAAAUAUACCCGAUUUAUUAAUUCAUUCACUCCACAAUUUUUAGAUUGGGAAAGAGGUGUGACAUUGUCAUCCCCUUUUAUUCAUUUCCAUAGUUGUUUACCAUCAGUAACCAACCAGAGAUAGGUUGUACUGUAUAAUUUUGUCAGGCUGUAAGAAUACUUGUCAUGAAGAAGGAAUCAUCCAAGUGCAACAUAGAGGGGGAGUAUUUAUUCCCACCAUUUUGUGAUUUUCAUCAGAGUUGCCCUUCAGAGCAUAUGGCAGGAGUUUCUAGUUCUUGGUAGUACAAGGGAGGGGCUAAAGUAGUAGUUGAAAUAUCUUGUUGUCUUGCCAGUGACUGCUUUUGCUUGUUCUUUGCGUUAACAAGGACCAUAACAGCGAAUUUUGUAGCAGUAGGAAUGCAAUUUUCAUCUGCAUAGCCGAAUGUUGUGCAGAGACAUGGACUGUGUCCUUCCUUACUUGACAUUCAUUGAAACACUAGAGUAAAUAGUACCCACAAGAGAAGGCCGAAGGGGUGUAUGGACCAAAGAUUGCAGAGGAGAAAGUGCGGAGUUUUAAGGUGGACGAUUGUCCUGAGCCUUAGCCACCCACCUUCCACACCAUACGCGUUCUUCAGUCCACUGAAAUUUGCCGUCAGGUAUGUGGAUUUUGUCCAAAGAGAAGAGUUCAUUAUCUCUCGAGGAUGACUGAUUGGGUAGAACAAAAAUAAGUGAUACAAGCAAAAAGAGUAAUUUUUUUUGGAAGGUAAAGUAUAUUGAUUCCCUUAUUAUAUUGUUUUGUUGUUGUUGGUAUUAAUGGGCGAGCAUGAAGUCUACAACUUAUUGUAACCUCUAUCCACAUUUUCCAGUUUGCCAACCCAACUGUGGUUGAAGCGCCUCUUAUCUCUUGCAUAUAGUAUGGUAGUGGGGAGGGGCGAGUAUCUCAAUACCAUGUUCCGCCUCAUGUUACUGUGAGUCGGGAUGGAUAAUACUCUUUUGGGUACAGGGCGGGGUGGGUCGACUCACUCUGACAUCUUAUUUGAUAUAAAUACACGCAAAGUCUUACUUUUUAGGAUAAAACAAGGGGAAAACAAUUUAAAAAUGAAGAAUAGUGAUAAUAGAAUGUGUAAUUGACUCUAACUAGUUGAAGGAUCAACCCUAACUAGUUAAGCAAAAGUCAUAAUAAGAGAAAUAUGAUAGAUACGGUAAGAAAUUAAGAUAGAAUGG